AUGUUGUGGUCUGGCCCGAAGCAGUCUGGUCUUCUGAUCGGGCUCGGGGGCGUCCGCGCGGUCGUCGAGAAGGAUCGGGCCCUGCUCUUUGGUCCAAGAAAUCGGGACCAGGCCCGCUUCCUCCGCGUCCUGGGGAAUCAGCGCCUCGCUGCCGAGAGGGGCGAAGGCGCGCCCCUGGUCGGAAGCUUCCGGAUGAUCUUCGUGGAGUCGGCGCUGCUCGCGCUGAACCGGCGCCUGGCCUCAAGGCUCCUGGAGAUCCGCCAGCGUAUGGAGCCGAAGUUGUUGGCUCCACCGGUGCUCCGGGAGCCAGACCUUGAGGAGGUACGGCAGCUCCGCCGCUCCCUGGUGCAGUGCGCCAGUCAAGCCUCUGCCGUGUCCUCGGCACUGCUGUCUCGGCUGGACGGGGACGAGGCCGCUUUGCUCGCGGAUGGGACCGCAGAGCCCGGUGCCUCCCGAAACGAGUGGGAGGCCAUGCUGGAGGCUUAUCUGCAGGCAUGGACAUAUGCAGACAUGGACAAAUGCAGACCCGACUGCGCAAGCUUCGAGGCAAAGCUUAACCUCCUCUUCGCUUAUGGGGCAUAUUGCCUCUUUAUUUGGCGCGAGAUUGACGACUCAAAAACUGCAGAGUUUGCAGCCUUCGAAGCGCUCGUGACGUUGGACCUGCUGCCCAAUGGCACCUACAAGUGCCGCUUCUGCGGAAAGAGGCCGAAUGGCCUCCAACAGGCCCUGGCGCACAUCCAGACGGCCGCGCACCAGGAGGCCUUGCUGCGGCACCGGGUCGAUUGGCGCAUGCCAGAGGCUUUGGAGGCAGCAAUCAAGGACAUCCUGGCCCACCCUGCAGAGGUCACGCGACAGGACAUGGGGCUGAAAUCGCUGACGUUCUGCACUGUCUGCGUGCGGCGGAGCCUACAGCUUUGCAACGUCCUGCUGUGCAACGCGGUAACCCUUGGCGACUCUGCCCGCAGAGUCAGCACGAAGCUGCGGUGGUGCAUCGUGUUGGCGGAAGAUGGCGAGGAGCGAGGGUGCCUAAGGCGGCUUCAUGAUGUCUGCGGCCUGCGGGGCACGGAGGAGCUUGAGGUCAACGUCUGCUUUGCAGAUCUUUCCGCAACGGGCGGCUUCUUUCACUCAAGCUUCGCAAAGAACACGUCGCACUGCUUUGCGCUUCACUGCAUUGGCUGCAGCAAUUUCGAGCUGCAAGACCACAUUCUGGUGAAUCUGGACUGCGACGUAAUCCUCCCGCCUCGGUUCGCCGAGUCUGUGCUGCACAAGUUUCGUUCACGAGCUUUGCAGCUCUUGGCGUGUCGCAACAGCCAGGCUGCAACGACUGGUCGGUUGGCGAUCCGUGCAUCAGCCUUCGUGGAGGUUCAAGGCUACGACCAGGAGCCGGAUAUCCAGGGGGCAGGGUAUCAAGAUGUGGACUUGCAUCAUAGGGUUGGGAUUGUGCCUUUCGCAGAUGAUGGCUCCAUCCGUUCGGAUCCCGAGGCAUCGUCGGCAUUGUCAGCUCGCUCUGUGGGGCGCCUGCAAGCGGCCGAUCCCGCUCUCGGCGGAUGGGCUUUGCCAAACACCGAGCAUGAGUUCGCCACCGAGGAAGACGACAGAAGAUUGGCAAAGGUCAAGCAUGUUCACAACCCUCGCAACCUGAACUGGGAUGAGAUGAACGAGGAGAACAGGGCAGCGAUGUUUGCCAAGCGGAAGCGACCGGCUUCCUACGCCUGGAAGCGCAACGUUGGCCUCCGGCUUGGCUGGCCAUUCGUCCAACUGCACUGCGACCAUCUUGCACUGGCCUGGCGGAAUCCUGGCCGCAUGUUCGAUGCGCACCGCCCCCUUCUGCGCAGCCCACCUGCGAGCAUUGGCAGCCCACCUGGGGAUGCAGAGGUUCGUCGUGCUUCUUGCCGCUUCCCGCCAUCCGAAGACUGGCAGGAUUGGCAUCAGGACCUCAGCCGAGCUGCCUCUGCCUGGAUGGACAACUUGCCAGAGAGCUUCUGGAUCGGCGAAGAGCACACGUUCUGA